AUGCAAGAUUAAUUUCUAAACCCUAUCUAUUUGUCAGCUCAUCAAUUAGUCGAUCUCUUCAACAAUUCUUAGAAGGAGAUUAAAUUCGGAGAUGAAUCCAAAAUUGUCUCCAAAAGCAAUCUCGAUUCACCGCCAGAAUAAACACAAGAAUUCAGCUUCUCCGAAUUGCAAUAAAUAAAUUCUAAUCGCUCAAUUCCAGAUAAUAAUGUUGAUACUGCCAAUAUUAUAGUAACCAAGGAGCAAUAUGCCUUAAUCAUCUCCCAAAUCGAGUUGAACAAGAAACUCAACCAAUAAUAUCAUCAAUUGCUCAAAGAAAAUUAAGAACAAUUGCAAAAGCGUAAAUAGCUUGAAGAUGAAAAUGCUGAAAUGCUGGAUUCCAAUUUCCAAAUCAAAAGAGAAAUUCAAGAAAUUAAACAAAAACUAUUUAUCACCCAAAGUGCUCUGCAAUUACGCAAAGAUAAAUAGAUCAUUGAGCUCAAAACUCAAUUGAAAGAGUGGUAACAUAAGCUAUCCGAAAAAAGAGACACUCUCCAAUCAACAACCUUUACUGAAAACAGCACUGUUGAAUCCGAAAAAUCUAAUUCACAGUAUUGUAAUACAAGCAGAUUGGUCAGAGUCGAUUAAAGUUCCUCACAUCACUAAUCUAUCAAACCCUACAAGAGUAGAAACAAUUCUUUAAUCAAACUAAUCAAGAACUGA